AUGGAAAAGAACAUCUGCUAUCGGCAACGAAGGAGAAAAGAAGUCGUCUACGACGAUUGCGUACUCGAGGACUCCUUGUCCCAAGGUGACUGGCAUAUCGAGGAGGACCCAAGAGUGGACUACGAGAUGCUGCUCAGAGGAUUACGAGCCUGUGCUGAGCGUGCCUCGAAGCCGCGCACGACAAACUUGCAUCGAAUUUCGAAGACCACCAAGGAAUUGUUAAAAAGGAGAAGGGCUUUGAGGCUUGAUCCGAAUGCAUCGCACAUUGAGCGCCCGAUCAUCCCCACUGGUGAAGCUCUACCACGGAUUCUCCCUUCGGAAGUGCGAGACGCUAUCAAGAGCAUGAAACCUGGCACAGCCCCCGGACCUGAUUUUAUAUCAGCAGACUUUCUUCGGGCUGGUGGCCACCCACUUGAUGUAAUCUUAGCAGCGCACAUGACAUACUACCUUCAGAAAGAAAAGAUCCCAAACCAGUGGAAGACCUCGCGAACGGUUCUUAUCCACAAGAAAGGUGACCGAGAGGACCUUCGGAACUACCGUCCGAUAUGCUUGUUGAGCGUGUUAUACAAUGUAUUCACCAAGAUCAUCCUCACGCGCAUAUUUAAGACGUUGGAUGAAGCCCAGCCUCAAGAACAAGCUGUAUUUCGCCAGGGGCUCAGUUGCUUGGACCACAUCCAGACAGUGUCGAAGGUCAUAGAGGUUUGCCGGGAAUACCGCCUGCUGCUAGUCCUAACCUUCGUCGACUAUGAGAAAACCUUCGACGGCGUAGAAACGGAUGCAAUACUGUCAGCGCUGGUCGAUCAAGGUGUGCACGCUUCCUCCCUCACCAUACCCAUUGGAAAGGGGGUACGAAAAGGGGAUACUAUAUCGCCGAAGCUGUUCACGGCUGCAUUGCAAUGGAUAAUGAAAUCACUUGCCUGGGAAGAAAGGAGCAUACGUGUUGAUGGAAGAUUUCUCUCGAACCUUCGUAUCGCGGACGACUCUUCUCUUUUCGAGAAGUACCAAUAA